AUGCCCCCUACAGGAGACGCUUACGAAAUCGACUGGGUCCUCUCCAACACUUCGAACAUCCACAUCGCAAAUCAUCGGGACUGGUUCACCAACUACGCCCCUAUCGAGACGUUCUUCGAACACGCAUAUGCUUCCUCAAGUAACAUCAAAGCCCUUGGGAUAGGGACCGUUCAAUUAGAAGUCCGAACACACAGAUCCAAGGACGAAUACAGGACCCUAACCCUACAAAACGUCCUCUACUGCCCGACAGCGAACUGUAACGUAAUUGGCGAACCCAUUUUCGACACCUUCCCGCAAUGGAGCAUGCACGAUCUUCGCACCGAUGAUGGCGAAAUUGGCAUGAUCUUCGAUAUCAUCAGGGGUCUCUCUGGCGAAGCAGUGCGCCAGAAAGUCUGGCUAAAAGGUCACAGACAGGGCAUCUCAAACCAUGAUCCCAACACUGUAGACGCUAUCAGUGCAAUCUGGUCUGAUGAAGAGAUAUCCCGAUGUCAGAAAGAGUUGGAGGUAAGGUCACAGGCACAGAAAGCUGCAAGGCAAUCGAGGGCAGCAGCGGAGCAGGAAGAAGAGCAGAGGUAUACGGAAGUGGAGAGGCAGUGGCUGAAGGAGCAUUAUCGGAGUGAGUUCUUCUUUUUGAGGGAUCAUGGGUUGAGUGUUUAUGAAGAGGGCGAGAGGGAUGAAGGGAGAGAUAUACUGAGGGCGUUGAUGGAAAGGGAUCCUGCUGGGCAUGUUUGUAAGAGGAGGCGGGUUGGUGGGUAG